AUGCGUUUCUUCGGCGGCAUCAUCGGCUCCUUCAUCGUCUGCUCCUCCGUGGCAUCAGCCUUCUGCCAUAGCUCUAUCUCCUGCGCCGUCGGCGGCGACAAGGUCUGCAACAACGUUUGUGUUCGCCAGGGUAACCCCAAUGGUGGCCGCUGUCUCCCUCGCGAUGGCUGCCCCGGCGAUGACAUCUGCGCCUGCUACCCCCAAAGCAAGCGCAGCGACGAGGUGAUCGACGGCGACGAUGCCCUCCGCAAGGUCCUGGACGACUAUCAGGUUCUUGGAGACUUCGAGAACAUCAAAGCUCGGGACGACGUCGAGAAGCGCAGCAUCUGCUGCAACUUCCCCCAGCCCUUCGGUGGCCUUUGCUGUGAGGACCACUGCUCCUACAUUGGAAAGCCCGGUGGCCAGUGCUCUAGCGAGGGUGUCUGCAAGUGCAACUAG